AUGGAGACAUUGCGAAGCAGUGGCUGGACACAAGUGUGGUCACGAAUCGGAGAGCAAGGGCCAGGGACGCAUUGGGGCCUGGCAAUCGUGAGGCUGCCGCAGGACGCUAGAGCUGUGCGUUUCGUCGGCGUCACAGGCGACACCUGGAGGAGCGACAUUGCGCUGGAUGGCAUCGCCACCGGGCUCCCCACUGUGGAGUUCGAUCAGCUCACCUGUGAGUUCCGUGUCGACACCUGCCUGUGGCAAAGCCCUGAUGCCUCUUCCUGGCAGCUUGCGGGGGACGCGGAUGGGCAGUGGCUGGAGGCUGUGCAGAAUGGAUCCCAAGCUUCGGAAUGGAUCUUGGAAACGGCCGCGCGCUUCAACACCAGUGAGGAUAAGGUCUUGAUGUUCGACUAUCAGUUGAACGGCUCGGGCACCGUGGCCUUGGAGCUACAACACCAAACCUCCGCUGGCGGCUGGCAGCGUCUGUGGUUGGAGUCGGGCAGCCGCGGCGCAGGUUGGCAUGUAGCCGCAGUUACCAUACCUGCUGGCAGUGUCGGCUUCCGCUUCGUGGCUAAUGUCACAGAGCUAGACUUGGUGAAGCUGGAUUCCUUCUUCCCGACGGCCACCGAGUCGUCUCUGGCAAACAUCAGCUGCAGCUUCGAGGACACUUGCAAAUGGGUGGGGGACUGGCAGCACCGCAGCAGCCCUGCCACAGGGCCCGAGGCUGCCUUUCACGCCGAGAGCUAUGUUUAUGCUGGUGGCUCCGGGGCAGUUUAUUCUUUGCAGGUGUUCAGGCUCACCAGCCCACUCUUCCCGAAGCUCGCCAACGUCUCCUACUUGGAGUUUGCUUUCCGCAUGCUUGGGUCUGGCGUCGGCAAGCUGCAGUUAUGGUACCUGAAAGGAGGCAGGUGGAGCUUGCGCUGGUCCCGACAAUCAAACCAAGGGCCCGAUUGGCUUCAGGCCAAGGUGACGCUCCCAAGGGGGGUGGAGUGCCUCCGCUUCGAGAGCUCCGAGGCCACUACAUCGGACUCCGAAGUAGCUUUGGACGGAAUCCUCGCUUGGGAGGGGCCUGAAGCAGCCCCUGCAGAGUUCCUCAGCCUUUCUUCCGGUAACUACCACAAUUGUGCAAUUCUCAAUGCCGAGGGCCUCUUGAAGUGCUGGGGAGUUGGGGAUAGUGGCCGCUUGGGAUCCGGCAGCGAUGCAGAGGUGGGGACAGCUCCGGGUGAGAUGGGGGAGAACCUUCCGGCCGUGGACCUGGGGGAGCCGGGCGUUCGAGUGACGCAGGUGGCCUGCGGUGUUUUUCACACCUGCGCACUUCUCGAGACGGGUGUGAUGAAAUGCUUCGGGGAGAACGGCGCAAGCAUUGGCCAGGGCUUUGGCAAGCUUGGCUAUGGACACACCAGGGCACUCGGAGACGAGCCCUUCGAGAUGGGCCAACACUUGCCGCCCGUGGACCUGGGCCCCGGUGUGGAAGUGGUGCAGGUGGAUGCCGGACCGCUACACACCUGCGCUCUGCUUCGAGGUGGAAUCGUGAAGUGCUUCGGGGAGGGAUAUCUGCUGGGCUUGGGAGACGAGCGCGGGCCCCAGAGGUUUGGAGCUGCUGCCAGUGCCACGGUUAGGGAGAAUCGUGGCGACAGGCCCGGCGAGAUGGGCUCGGAGCUCCCCGCGGUUGACCUGGGCACCGACUUCGAAGCGGUGCAGCUGGUCUUGGGAGAUUUCCACACCUGCGCAUUGUCAAGCCAAGGUACCGUGAAAUGCUGGGGAUCGGCCCGCCGCCUGGGACUUGGACUUGGCGAUAGUCGAGUCUACAUCGGCGCCAGCCCAAACGAGAUGGGUGAUGCUCUACCUGCAGUGGACUUGGGUCCCCUUCCUGCUGUGCAGAUCGCGGCUGGGGCUCGUCACACCUGCGUCGUGCUGUCCGACGGCUCGGUAAAAUGCUGGGGUGCGAAUCACAGGGGGCAGCUGGGGCACGGCAACCUUGAAGACGCGGGUGACCAGCCCGGCGAGAUGGGCACCAAUCUUCCUGUUACGGAUCUGGGCGAUGGCAUGACGGUCGUCCAUAUCACUGCGGGCAGUCAUUACAACUGUGCCAUCCUCCAAGAUGCAACCCUCAAGUGCUGGGGCUCGGGAGUGAGUGGCCAGCUUGGUGCGGGCAACACAGAGAGCUUGGGAGACGAGCCUUCAGAGAUGGGUUCCAAUCUUCACGCGGUCGGCCUCGGCAAUCUCCAGGUGCGGGAUGUAAGUGCCGGUUACGGCCACACCUGCGUGCUUUUGGAGGACGACAGCACGAGGUGCUGGGGCGAGGGCAGUGCUGGGCAGCUGGGCAUUGGCAGCACCCAUAGUGUCGGCCAGGUGCCAGGCGAGCUUGGUGUGGCUUUGGUGCCUGCGGAGCUCUUUCCCAUGACAUUUGGUGCUGGCCUUCACGAUGUCAGCUUGCUUGCCGUGGCCGAAGACCAUGACUUUGGCAGAGGGCUGCUUCAAAUGCGGCACGACGCUUCCGUCGGCUUGGUCUGCGAUGAUGGCUUUGACGAGCGUGUGGCGCAAGUGGCCUGCCGCGAUCUCGGCAUGGCCGGUGGCAGGACCCUGUCAGCCCUGGCGAUGUGGGGUCGAAUGGGGGCUGGCGCCAUCCUUGCUGACAACAUUAGGUGCACAGGUACAGAAGUGAGCCUUCGCGACUGCGACUUCCGCGGCUGGCAUCUGCACGACUGCACUCCUCAAGAAGCCGCAGGUCUUGAGUGCGAGUUGGAUGCAUGGAGCGAAUACACGCCUGCCGGAAGCCCAGCCGGGCGCCAGGACGCUUCUAUGGUCUGGGACAGUGAGACUCAGUCUGCAUGGAUGUUCGGGGGCCACGCCAGCAACGCCUUCCUCUACUUUGCAGACUUGUGGCGCUAUGACUGGCCUCGGCGAGCUUGGACGGAGAUCCUGCCGCUGAAUGAGGGCCCGACCCCCGGCAGAUGGGGCCACGCAGCUGUGUGGGAUACGCGUUCCAGGUCUAUGCUGAUCUUUGGAGGCAGGGCACAAGUUACCUUCUACGAUGACGUCUGGCAAUUUCGCAGCAACGACAGCACUUGGAGGCAAUUGCCUGCCAUGGCGAAGCCAUCGGCGCGCGCCUACCACACCGCGAUCCUGGACCCCAUGGAGGGUUCGGUGCUUGUUUUUGGAGGAGAGAGCAGCAGCCAAGUGUUGGAGGACCUCCAGCGCUACAGCCUCGCCGACGGCCAGUGGAGCGAGCCCGGGGCGACAGGGGCCGGAGCGCGCAGCCGGCACACUGCCGUCUGGGUGCCCACAACCCGCUCCAUGCUCGUUUUUGGCGGGUGGAGUGGGCAGGAAUAUCUGGAUGACCUGUGCAGCUACGAUGCUUCAGCAGGCACCUGGACCGACUUGUCAGCUGCUGGAUAUUGGCCCACGGCUCGCGCAGGCCAUGCCGCUGCGUGGGACCCGGUUUCAAUGAGCAUGCUAGUCAUGGGCGGUAUCACCAAUGUGACCAACGAACUCAGCUACGAUUCGUCUCUCUACAACUACAGCCUCUUGACAAACUCCUGGAAGCAAGAGGGCUUGCAAACCGAAGUCUUAGGCCCAACCGGCCGUACUGGUCAUGGCAUUGUUUGGGACGACGCUUCUCGUGGCUUGCUGUCCUUCGGUGGCUUCAAUGCAUCCUACUUGCAGCAAACCUGGCGGUUUGUGGUCAGUCAGACCAGCUCGCCCUUGCUGGUCAACUGCCAGCAGGGCCGCAACUGUUCCUUCCGCUGGAAUGCCUCGGGAUUUGGCACCGUGAAACGCACCUGCUCCGACCCGGAAGUCGUGGCAGGACUCCCCACGUUGCUCUCUGAUGAAGCGGAGGAGGAGAUCUGGAUGUUCGGAGGACAUGCAAUCCCGCUCUUCGUGGAACCAGGGCAUCACCGCCUGUGCUGGUGUGACACCAACUGCAGUCAUCCCGACAACUUCGGUGUGACAGUGGGUUACUUUGUCCUGGAGGGGCCGCAGCUGCAGCAGUCCGCUCAAUGCUACCUAGGCAGAGACUGUACGAUUUCAGGGUGGCGAGGAGUCGGCAUCUCCGUGAACGACAGCGUCGUGAUGAAGAGCCGCUGCAGCGGAGAGCCUCAGGCCUCUUCCACCUACUCUCAGCGCUCGGUCAGCGUCUCCUUCAACGAGUCCUACGGUUGGCACACCUUGCACGUGGGCUUCCUGGAUCCAACGGAGGGCCUCAAACCGGAAGCUUUGGAGCUUUGCUGGUGCCCUGCUGCGACGGCCCCUUGCGCUUCGGCAGAGGACUUUCUUGUGGUCGCCCUGACCUUGGACGUCAUCUGCCCACCCGGCGAGUACAGCGAAGGGCCGGGCUCCUCCUGCCUGCCUUGUCCGGCGAACUUCUUCUGCCUCGGAGGUUCGGAAGUGCAGAGCUGUCCGUCGGCGAGCACUUCGGCAGAGGGCUCAAGCCAACUCUCGGACUGUCUCUGCCUUCGAGGGCGCUACUGGGAUGCAGAGAGCGCCAUCUGCCUGGCGUGCCCCGCUGGGUCUUCGACGUUGCAGGACGGGGCUACCAGCCUUUCAUCAUGCACUUGCAUGCCGGGCUUCUUCACCACGCAGCUCGACAAUCCUGCAGUUUGCGAAGCCUGCGGCGUGGGCUUCUUCUGCGCAGGGGGCCUGCAGAAACGGCAGCCGUGUGCACCGUCUCGGACCACGGACAGCGACACUUCAGCCGACGAGUCCCAGUGCGUUUGCACGGCUGGCAGCUUCUUGGAAGACGGGCUUUGCGCCCCAUGUCCAGUUGGAUUUUUCAAGGCCAGCGUUGGAGACUUCCCGUGCUCGCCGUGUGGUACUGGCACCUUCAGCAAUGGCACUGGAAGCACAGAGCAUUGCAGAUGCCGACAGGGCUAUGGUUUUGACGAAGAGAUCGCGCAGUGCAAACCGUGCCCUCCGGGCGAAUACAAAGCAGUGGUAGGCGACAUCCCUUGCAGCCGGUGCUCUACCAAUAAGACCUCGAUGGAGGGCGCCAUGUCUCCCCUCGACUGUCAGUGCCGGUCAGGUCUGGCAGCAGAGGGCCAGACCUGCCGAGACUGCAGAGAAGGCUUCUUCUGUCCUGGCCAGGGUGAAGAGCGGCGAUGCCAGGACGACGCCACCUCACGCGUUGGCUCGAUCAUGCAGGCGGACUGCUUGUGCUUGCCAGGAUACUAUGACCUUGAAGCUCAGGGCAUCUGUGCACCUUGCCAGCCCGGACGGUACAAGCCCACGCUGGCCAACGAUCCAUCGUGCCCCUUACAGUGCCCCACAAACGCCCAGAGUGCCAACGCAUCCACCAACUUAACAGACUGCUUCUGCACGCCAGGAUUUUAUGCAGUUCUGGAUGAAGGAUCCCUCUCCAGGUGUGGCAGUUGUGCCUUCCUUCCUCAUUUGCAAUGCUUGGGUGGUUUUCACACUCAGGCGGGCAUCACUCAGGCGGGGAACCACAAGCUUCCUGUCGCUCGGCCGGGCUUCUUCCAGACAGGAGUGACAAUCGCCGUGAAGUGCACGGCCGUCACAGCCACUGGCCUCAGCGCUUGCCUCGGAGGGCAACGAUGCACGCAAGACGACACAGUGGAAUGCUUCGGCAAGUAUGAGAAUGCUUGCGACGAAGGCUCCACGGGGUUCUUUUGUGGAGAAUGCCCAGCUGGUUGGGCCCGGGGUGCUUUCCAGCAGCCAUGCGAACCGUGUGCUGCGGGUGCUGUUUUGCCACUGGUAGCCUCAGUCAUCAUCGAUGUUGGCACGAAGGCCAUGAUCAACUUCGUGGUCGCGGCCAUGGCCGCAAUGGCGGCAGUCAGAGCAAGCAGCAAGCUCCACACAGUGAUGAUCCGCAUCGCCGUCCAGUGGCUGGCUGCCUGCUCUGUCCUGACGGCUUUCGACCUCACUCAGAUUCCGCUUGAGAACGCGGAGAUCGGGGGAGACGAUGAAGAAUAUCCACUCUUCCCAUGGCCUUCGCAGGUCAGUGCAGUGAUGCGGGGCCUCUUCGAGACCCUCACGCUGACGCCGGUUUUGACAUCUGUCAACUCGGCCACACAGUGCUUGGCCCAGGAGCUUGCUCCUGACAGCGCCGCCCCGCGCGUCGCCUUUGGAGUCUACCACCUCACCUUACCUGUCUUAGUCAUGAUCGGCGUUCUUCUGCUCUCCUUCGUGGUGGCGCAUGUGGUGGUGCCUUUGGGGCAGCGUUUCGGCUUCUCCUUCAACGAGUCCGGACGUAGCAUGAACCAAUUGAAGAAGGUCAUAGAUCCGAUGCUCAAAGAGAUUUGGGGAAAACCCGUCGCUCCCAUGACCGAAGCCCCGAUCACAUCUUCUCCUGACGCCUUCUCCUGGGCGGACUUGGAGCGCUUGGGCACCUUGGGGAAUCUCACCACGGCUCAGUUGCAGCAAGCAGCGGAGAACCCGGACGGCUUCUUGCGCACGGCUGCAGCCGGGUCGCGAGAGCUUCUGCUCAGUGCCUGUGCCGCUCGUGCUGCCCAGCUGCACCCGCAGGCCGAGGCACAAGAGGUUUACCAAGAGCUGACGCAGGCGGAUCUCCGACAUUUCCUGACCACGGACUUCGCCGCCCAGUCUCCGGAUUUUACGACGAUGCUGGACACGGUCUUGGAUGCUGCAUUCGCCUUCAGCAAGGAGACCGCGCUCGUACUUCCCGUACCGGAGGAAGGCUCUGAGCACGCGCAUUGUGACGUCGUGACCGUCGCUUUGCCCACAGACGCAGUGCCCGAAAAGACACCCGGGGAAAAGAGUACCAUCAGCUUUACAUCUUUGGAGAACCGAGCAAGCUUGAUGGACUCUCUAAAUUUCGGCCUCUUCUCGGCGGCACCUCGCUUCGUCGAGCUCGCAUACCAGAGCGUGCCUGUCAUCUGGGUAAGCCUGGUCUCUCUAUGGCCUGGGCUCCUGUCCAGUUUCCUGCAGAUGAUCUGGUGCGUGUCGGUUCAGGAGGACGAUGUGCUGGUGAGCCGCCUGCUGCCCAACCCUUCCGUCAUUUGCUGGUCCGACGAGCACAUGGUUUCUGCGCGCUUCGCCAUCGCCGGGCUCGUUGUUUGGUGCCUGGGCAUACCGAUCGCGCUGGCCACCAUCUUGUUUCGGCUCCCAGAUAGGCAGGCUCCUGACAACUUCAGGCGCUUCGGCUAUUUCUUCCAGGGCCUGGAGCGACAGUUUUGGUGGUGGGAUCUCCUCGUUAAGCGCUUCGACGUGGACUUGGCGCUGAUGAUGCUCGUCGCCUACACUUCCGUCGUGCCGGAUCUCAAGGCCAAGCUCGCGCUCUUCCCCGUCCUCUCGGGAUUUCAGGCAGAGCUGUGCAGUUCCCUGCUCAACCCAUCUCAGCCCUUGAAGCAGCCACGAGGCUACUUGUAG